GGGCGCCUGAUGGACAUCUUGCGCUGCCGUGGCAAGAGGGGCUAUGAGGCUUUCCUGGAGUCCCUGGAGUUCUACUACCCGGAACACUUCACGCUGCUCACCGGCCGGGAACCCGCCCAGCGCUGCUCCAUGAUCCUUGACGAGGAGGGGCCUGAGGGUCUGACCCAGUUCCUGAUGACGGAGGUGCGGCGGGGGCGGGAGGCUCGCAAGAGUCAGCUGCAGCGGGAGCAGCAACUGCAGGCUCGGGGCCGGGUGCUGGAGGAGGAGCGGGCAGGCCUGGAGCAGCGGCUGCGGGAACAGCAGCAGGCACAGGAGCGCUGCCAGCGGCUGCGGGAGGACUGGGAGGCGGGCAGCCUGGAGCUGCUGCGGCUCAAGGACGAGAACUACAUGAUCGCCAUGCGCCUGGCACAGCUCAGUGAGGAGAAGAACUCGGCUGUGCUGCGCAGCAGGGACCUGCAGCUGGCGGUGGACCAGCUCAAGCUGAAGGUGAGCCGGCUGGAGGAGGAAUGCACACUGUUGCGGAGGGCGCGGGGGCCGCUCCCAGGGACCGAGGACAAGGAGAAGGAGAAGGAGCCCGACGGUGUGGACCUCGUCUCCGAGCUGCGCGCUGAGAACCAGCGGCUGACGGCAUCGCUUCAGGAGCUGCAGGAAGGCCUGCAGCAGGAGGUGAGCCGGCCGGGGGCCCCGGGCUCAGAGCGUAUCCUCCUGGACAUCCUGGAACACGACUGGAGGGAGGCGCAGGACAGCCGGCAGGAGCUCUGCCAGAAGCUGCACUCCGUGCAGGGGGAGCUGCAGUGGGCCGAGGAGCUGCGGGACAAGUACCUGCAGGAGAUGGAGGACUUGCGGCUGAAGCACCGCACGCUGCAGAAGGACUGCGACCUGUACAAGCACCGCAUGGCCACCGUCCUGGCCCAGCUGGAGGAGAUCGAGAAGGAGCGGGACCAGGCCAUCCAGAGCCGUGACCGGAUCCAGCUGCAGUACUCUCAGAGCCUCUUGGAGAAGGACCAGUACCGCAAGCAGGUGCGGGGCCUGGAAGCCGAGCGGGACGAACUGCUGACCACGCUCACUGGCCUGGAGGGUACCAAGGCCUUGCUGGAGGCGCAGCUGCAGCGGGCCCAGGGUGGGGCCUGCCUCAAGGCCUGUGCCUCCUCCCAUUCCCUGUGCUCCAACCUCAGCAGCACUUGGAGCCUGAGCGAGUUCCCCUCCCCACUGGGAGGCCUCGAAGCCUCUGGGGAGGCCGCAGUUCCUGGAGAAUGUGAGCCCCACACCUCGGAGGAGGCCACGGACAGCGAGAAGGAGAUCAACCGGCUCUCCAUCCUGCCCUUUCCCCCCAGCGCGGGGUCCAUCCUCCGCCGCCAGCGUGAAGAAGACCCCGCGCCCCCUAAGAGGUCCUUCAGCAGCAUGUCGGACAUCACAGGGAGUGUGACUCUCAAGCCCUGGUCCCCUGGCCUCUCCUCGUCCUCAUCCUCUGACAGCGUAUGGCCUUUGGGAAAGCCAGAAGGCCCACUGUCCUGGGGCUGUGGCCUGGACCUCCUCAACAGGUCUCUGGCCAUCCGGGUGUCUGGCCGAAGCCCUCCAGGGGGCCCGGAGCCCCAGGACAAGAGCCCAGAAGGCCAGCCAUUCCUAGGGGAAAGAUGGUCUGGGGCGGUGUUGCGGAGAGUAUUUUCUGGGCCUGGGUCUGCCAGGAUGGAACCCAGAGAGCCAAGGGCGGGAGCCGCUGGCCUGGAGGGGGCAUGCCUGGAGGCUGACGUCCACCAGAGAGCCUUUCCUGGGAGCCAGGUGUCCACGCUGCCCUUCCUGAUGGACUCCAAGGCCUGCCAGUCCUUCCACGAGGUCCUGGACAGCUGGGUGAAGGGGCUGGGUGCUGAGCCUUUCUACAUCCGAGCCAACCUCACCCUGCCGGAGCGGGCAGAUCCCCAUGCCCUCUGCGUGAAAGCCCAGGAGAUCCUGCGGCUGGUGGAUCCAGCGUACAAGCGGCGUCAGGAAUGGUUCUGCGCUCGGGUCGACCCCCUCACACUGCGGGACCUGGACCGGGGCACCGUGCCCAAUUAUCAGAGAGCCCAGCAACUCCUAGAAGUUCAGGAAAAAUGCCUGUCCUCCAGCCGUCACCGAGUCUCCCGCAGUAACCUGAAGAAGCGAGCCUUGGACCAACUGCGGCUGGUGAGGCCCAAGCCCAUGGGGGGGCCUGUGGGUGACUCCCUGGAGCAGCUGCUGCUGGAUCCCUGCUCAGAGCCAGAGCGGAGCCUCAGACCCUACAGCCUGGUGCGGCCCCUGCUGGUGUCCGCCCUGCGGCCCGUGGUGCUGCUGCCUGAGUGCCUGGCGCCCCGGCUCAUCCGCAACUUGCUGGACCUUCCCAGCUCCCGGCUGGACUUCCAAGUGUGCCCAGCGGAAAGCCUCUCUGGGGAGGAACAGUGUGCCCCCUCAGCACCUGGGGCCCCCAAGGCUCGGCCUGCCACCCCUGGGCUGGGCAGCAGGAUCCGAACCAUCCAGGAGUCCGUUGGGAAGAAGCACUGCCUGUUGGAACUGGGCGUGCGGGGCGUGCGGGAGCUGGUCCACAAUGAGAUCUACCCCAUCGUCAUCCACGUGGAGGUGACCGAAAAGAAUGUGCGGGAAGUCAGGGGCCUGCUGGGUCGCCCGGGCUGGCGGGACUCGGAGCUGCUGCGGCAGUGCCGUGGCUCAGAGCAGGCGCUCUGGGGGCUCCCCUGCUCCUGGGUGCAGGUGCCGGCCCACGAAUGGGGACAUGCCGAGGAGCUGGCCAAGGUGGUGCGUGGUCGCAUCCUGCAGGAGCAGGCCCGCCUCGUGUGGGUGGAGCGUGGCAGCGGCCGGGGCUGCAGCAGCAGUAGCAGCAGCGAGGCCUGAAGGCUCCUCCUGGACUCGGAGACUCAGACACUGCCGGCCAGUGGGGACUGGGCUCUGCGGGGAGCCACCUCCCCUCGAUCCCCCUUGGCCUUUGUGAUGUGGGACCUGCUCGUGGCCCCGCAGAGCCUGUGGAGGCCCCCGGGCAGAGCCCCCGCCCUGGACUUGCUGCUCAGGCCUUACCAUGUGCCUGUCCCCUGUGUCUCCCGUGUGUCUGUGUCCUCCCCUUGAACGCUUGUCCUGGAGUCUGCGUGCUCACACCUGUGCACAAGAGUGCACACCCACGUGCUCACAGGCCAGGCUCUGGUGCUGCCCCUCCACCCCGGCACGCGAGGGUUCCCGCGGACUGCAGCCUGUGCUGCCCGCCAGAGGGCCAGGCCUGUGCGUGUGUCCCGCCCGUGUGCUCGUGGCCUCCCUGGUCUGUCACUGGACACUCGUGUCUCCGCUCGGUCCUUGUCCUCUCCUGUGUAAGUGUCAUGUCCCCCCAUUGGGCACUAACACGCGUGCGUCUCGGCCGUGUGCUCGUGGCCUCCCUGGUCUGUCACUGGACACUCGUGUCUCCGCUCGGUCCUUGUCCUCUCCUGUGUAAGUGUCAUGUCCCCCCAUUGGGCACUAACACGCGUGCGUCUCGGCCGCGCGCUCAGGACCAUGUUCUCACAGCACGUGCCCCCCCCCGCUCCUCGGAGGGCAGGGGGCCGGCUGCCCCGGCACCAGAAUGUACGGCUCGUGCAUUGCUCACGGGCCCUUCCACUGAGAAGCUGCACACAACAUUAAACGCUGUUUGUCAUA